AUGGCAGCGUUUCAGGAGCUGAGUUUUAACGUUGACCACGGCUAUCUGGAGGGUCUGCUUCGAGGGAUGAAGGCCGCCAUCUUGACCCAAACCGACUACAGCAACCUGGCCCAGUGCGACACGCUUGAGGACAUGAAGCUGCACCUCCAGAGCACGGACUACGGCCGGCUGCUGUCCUCGUCUGAGGACGACCUGACCGUGUCUUUGGUGGACAGCAGGCUGAGGGAGCACCUGGUGACCGACUUCAGCUGCCUGCGUGCCCACGCGCUGCCGCCGCUCUCCACCUUCCUCGACUACAUGACCUACGGCUACAUGAUCGACAAUGUGGUGCUGCUGAUCAGCGGAGCCCUGAGAGGCAGAGAGAUGGCAGAGCUGCUCCCACGGUGCCACCCACUCGGAGCCUUUGACCAAAUGGCUGCCGUGGGCAUCGCGCGCACGCCCUCCGAGCUGUACACGGCCAUCCUGGUGGACUCACCGCUCGGUGUGUUUUUCCAGGACUCCGUAUCUGAGGCCGAGCUGGAUGAGAUGGAAGCUGAGAUCCUGAGAAACAAACUGCAAAAGGCAUAUUUAGAGUCUUUCCACAGUUUCUGCAAGGACCUGGGUGGCGCCACAAAGGAUACUAUGUGCCCCAUCCUGGAGUUGGAGGCGGACCGGCGCGCCUUCAUCAUCACGGUGAACUCCUUUGGGACCGAUCUCAGCGCUGAGGAGAGGAGCAUGCUCUAUCCAACCUGUGGCAGGCUGUUCCCAGAGGGACUGCAGCUGCUGGCGAGGGCCGAGGACCACGAGCAGGUCAAAGCUGUGGCCGACUGCUACCCGGACUAUAAAUUAAUUUUUGAGGACCCCGAGCCGGGAUCAGAUGUAAAGACUCUUGAGGACAGAUUCUUUGAAAAGGAGGUGAAGCUGAACGUACUCGCCUUCCUGCAGCAGUUCCACUUCGGGAUAUUUUACUCGUACGUCAAGCUGAAGGAGCAGGAAAGUCGCAACAUCGUGUGGAUCGCCGAGUGCGUCACGCAGAGACAGAAGUCCAAGAUACACAACUACAUACCCAUCAUCUAGGGAAACAACUACCCGAGCAACUAACAGGACCGCACAUGAAAGGAUGCGCAGAAAACCCUGAUGCCUCAAACUCAAUAAAAAUAUUUGAUUAUCUGUGUGUUUUGCUUUGAGAAUUGGUAGCAGCAUUAAUGUAAGUCUUGCUGCACACAGCCAUCGGAGGAUUCAGGAGCUCAGUGGACAGGAUGUAAUU